GCCAGCCCCGCUCUCCCUGGCACCCGCCCGGCCACCCUCGGGAAGAACUUGACAUCCCGGUGCUUCGCAGCCGCAUUGCUGCAUCACCGCGCCGCACCAUGAGCAAGCGCCUGCAGCUAGUUCUGCGCCAGCUCUGCCGCUCGCCGCUGCCCCCGGGCCCGCCGCGCCGUUUCCGCGUGCCCUGCCGAGCCAGCAGCGGCGGCUGCAGUGGCGGCCGAGAGGGCCUGCUCGGGCAGCGGCGGCCGCAGGACGGCCAGGCCCGGCGCGGCUGCAGUCCCGGAGGCCGGGCGCCCGCGGCGCUGGACUCCAUCGUCAGAGAAGUCAUACAGAAUUCAAGAGAAACUCUGAGGUUAUUGCAAGAAAAAAACCCUGCCUUUAAGCCAGUUCUUGCUAUUAUUCAGGCAGGUGAUGAUAACUUGAUGCAGGAAAUCAACCAGAAUUUGGCUGAGGAGGCUGGUCUGAACAUCACUCACAUUUGCCUUCCCCCAGACAGCAGUGAAGCCGAGAUUAUAGAUGAAAUCUUGAAGAUCAAUGAAGACGUCAGAGUACAUGGCCUUGCUCUUCAGAUCUCAGAAAACUCAUUUAGCAACAAAGUCCUCAAUGCCUUGAAACCUGAGAAAGAUGUUGAUGGAGUAACAGAUAGAAACCUGGGGAAGCUGGUUCGCGGGGAUGCUCAUGAAUGUUUUGUUUCACCUGUUGCCAGAGCUGUAAUUGAACUCCUUGAAAAAUCAGGUGUCAACUUAGAUGGAAAGAAGAUCUUGGUUGUAGAGGCCCAUGGGCCUUUGGAAGCUGCACUACAAUACCUGUUUCAGAGAAAAGGGUCCCUGACAAUGAGCUGUCAGUGGAAAACGCCUCAGCUUCAAAGCAAGCUUCGUGAGGCUGACAUUGUGGUCAUAGGCUCCCCAAAGCCUGAAGAGGUUCCUGUUACCUGGAUACAACCAGGAACUACUGUUCUCAAUUGCUCUCAUGACUUCCUGUCAGGGAAUGCUGGGUGUGGUUCUCCUGGGGUACAUUUUACUGGCCUCAUUGAGGAAGGGGACGUGAGUCUUCUUGCCGCAGCUCUGCGGAUUCAGAACAUGGUCAGCAGUGGCAGGAGAUGGCUUCGUGAGCAGCAGCACCGGAGGUGGAGGCUUCACAGCUUGAAACUUCAGCCUCUCUCCCCUGUACCAAGCGAUAUUGAGAUUUCAAGAGGACAGACUCCAAAAGCUGUGGAUGUCCUUGCCAAGGAGAUAGGAUUGCUUGCAGAUGAAAUUGAAAUCUAUGGCAAAAGCAAAGCCAAAGUACGUUUGUCCCUGCUGGAAAGGUUAAAGGAUCAAGCAGAUGGAAAAUACGUCUUAGUUGCUGGGAUCACGCCCACCCCGCUUGGAGAAGGGAAGAGCACAGUGACGAUUGGGCUUGUGCAGGCUCUGACCGCGCACCUGAAUGUCAACUCCUUUGCCUGUCUGAGGCAGCCUUCCCAAGGACCGACUUUCGGAGUGAAAGGGGGAGCUGCGGGUGGCGGAUACGCCCAGGUCAUUCCCAUGGAGGAGUUCAACCUUCACUUGACUGGCGACAUCCAUGCCAUCACGGCUGCCAAUAACUUGCUGGCUGCUGCCAUCGACACAAGGAUUCUGCACGAGAACACUCAAACAGACAAGGCUCUAUAUAAUCGGCUGGUUCCUCUAGUAAAUGGCGUCAGAGAAUUUUCAGAAAUUCAACUUGCUCGACUAAAAAAACUGGGAAUAAAUAAGACUGAUCCAAGCACCUUGACAGAAGAGGAAAUGAGUCGGUUUGCCCGUCUCAACAUCGACCCGUCCACCAUCACCUGGCAGAGAGUGGUGGAUACAAACGACCGAUUUCUACGGAAGAUCACAAUUGGGCAGGCCAGCACAGAGAAGGGCUAUUCUCGGCAGGCGCAGUUCGACAUCGCGGUGGCCAGCGAGAUCAUGGCAGUGCUGGCCCUGACUGACAGCCUCACAGACAUGAAGGUGCGGCUGGGAAGGAUGGUGGUGGCCAGUGACAAAAGCGGGCAGCCUGUGACAGCAGAAGAUUUGGGGGUGACAGGUGCUUUGACAGUUUUGAUGAAAGAUGCAAUAAAACCAACUCUCAUGCAGACCCUAGAAGGGACACCUGUAUUCGUGCACGCUGGCCCCUUUGCUAACAUUGCUCAUGGCAACUCUUCAGUGUUGGCUGAUAAAAUUGCCCUGAAACUGGUUGGGGAAGAAGGAUUUGUGGUGACUGAAGCUGGCUUUGGCGCUGAUAUCGGAAUGGAGAAAUUCUUCAACAUCAAGUGCCGAGCUUCUGGCUUGGUGCCCAACGUGGUUGUGUUGGUGGCAACGGUGCGAGCUCUGAAGAUGCACGGAGGGGGGCCAAGUGUCACCCCUGGUGUCCCCCUUAAGAAAGAAUAUACAGAGGAGAAUAUCCAGCUGGUGGCAGAUGGCUGCUGUAAUCUCCAGAAGCAAAUUCAGAUCGCUCAGCUCUUCGGGGUUCCCGUGGUGGUGGCCGUGAAUGUCUUCAAGACUGACACCCGGGCUGAGAUCGACUUGGUGUGUGAGCUCGCGAAGCGGGCUGGUGCCUUUGAUGCCGUCCCCUGCUAUCACUGGUCGGUUGGUGGCAAGGGCUCGGUGGACUUGGCUCGGGCUGUGAGAGAGGCUGCAAGUCAACAAAGCCGCUUCCAAUUCCUGUACGACGUUCAGCUUCCAAUUGUGGAAAAGAUAAGAACCAUUGCCCAGGCCGUCUAUGGAGCCAAAGAUAUUGAACUCUCUCCCGUGGCACAAUCCAAAAUAGAUCGUUACACUCAACAGGGCUUUGGAAAUUUGCCUAUCUGCAUGGCAAAGACCCACCUUUCUCUGUCUCACCUACCUGACAAAAAAGGUGUGCCGAAGGAUUUCAUCUUACCUAUCAGCGAUGUCCGGGCCAGCAUCGGCGCUGGGUUCAUUUACCCGCUGGUUGGAACGAUGAGCACGAUGCCAGGACUGCCCACUCGGCCCUGCUUUUAUGAUAUAGAUCUUGAUACGGAAACAGAACAAGUUAAAGGCUUGUUCUAAGUGAAAAGACUCUCAGGACCUGAUUCAGGCUCCUGAAACACAAACUACUACUUGUCUUUUUGCUGUAUUUGGAGAAGAAAGUGAAUUUGAAAUCUGUCUCUUAUGCAAGGUUGGAGAAAAGGAUAAAUAGGCCAGAGAUUUCUUCUUGCAUCGUCAAGUUGAUGGUUUGCUGCAGAGUAUGGCGUUCAGCAAAAAGACCUCCACCAAGUCUGAAAGAAACUAAUUUAUUUUCUGUUGCUGCAGAGUUUACAUUAUUUCUACCGCUUACACUUUAGAAUGUUUAUUUUAUGAGGACUAAGGGAUUAAAAGAGUGUGAACUAAAAGGUAACAUUUUCCACCAUGGAAUUUUCUACUUUGUCUUUGAAAUGAAAAUAAACAUGUAUCUAGAAAA